AUGGUAAUGACCGGAGCAGGCGACGCCAUAAUGUGCAGAGCAUUUUUGACCACUCUGGAUGGAACCGCCCAAGAUUGGUUCAACACGAUUCCGGAUGGUUCGAUCCAAAACUUUGCGGAGUUGUCCAAACAUUUCUUGACUUAUUUCUCUGGGCAUAUACAACAUAAGAAACCAUUUUCACAUCUCUACGGAGUAAAACAGGACAUCGACGAAAGCUUAAGAAAUUUCUUAAGCAAAUGGAAGACGGAAGUCAACAAUGUGUGCGACUUCGAUUCUAAGGCGGCAAUCCUCAUGUUCAUCCAGGCAUUGAGGUCAGGCAAUUUUCACAGACAGCUGAACACUCACCAUCCACGCUCCUAUGAGCAGCUAAUGAGGAUAGCAAACCGCUAUGCUGAGGCCGAGGAGGCUGUUAGAAAGAAGAAAGAUGAGGAAGAGGGCAGGAGGAGUGGACGACCUGAUGACAAAGUUGGUCCGACCAACCACGCACCACACCCAAACCAGUUAUCCACACCGAAGGAGAAAGUUCAAGAAAGGCCUCGGCUCGCCCCACCGCGACACUUAACACCUCUUACUCACCCGGUUAGCGUGAUUCUAAGUCACGCCGAGGAGAUGGGAAUGGUGCAUUUUCCCUCAGAGUGUAUGGCAGUUUCUACGUGCGAGGACCAAACCAAGUACUGUCGGUUCCACCAACAAGUUGGACAUGAUACUGAUGAGUGCCAUGCUUUAAAAGGACAAGUAGAGGAACUGGUGCAGAGCGGAUACUUCACUCAAUUCGUUAAGUACCCGGGACAGUAG